GAUAUCAACGCCGCCAGUGGCUUGGGUUGCAUUUGGGAAGAAUAAUGGGUUUGGGUUACACAGACACAGAUAUAGUCACAGUUAUUGCAGCAGCAGCAGCGAUCGCCGUUUGUUCCCGUCGCUGCAAUUCAACCAUCCCAUCAUCGUUCUCUGCCUAACUCUGAUUCGGAUUCCUUCCUGUCUCGGUCCUCCCGCAUGGAUCCAGAACAGACCUUUAUCCGGGUGCAGGAGCGAUUUGCUGAGAUGCUCACCCCUAAAAUCAGAGCCAAGCUCGAGUACUUUUUCCUCUUCUUGGCGAUUACCCUCUUUUGCAUUCUCGUCGUUAUGCACGCCAAUUAUGUUCAGCAGCCUGGCUGUUCUAGUGAGUUCUCUAGUGUUCAAAUGUCUGACGCCCAGCUUAUCCAGAUCAAGAUCACUAGUGCUGGCUUGUGGUCACAUAAUGAGACUGUGAAUGAUGUCAUAGAUGUUCAUGAUACUGAAACUCUCACUGAAAUUGAAAACCCCGCCAGCGUAGAUGGAGAUGGUUCGCAUCAUCUGGCUGCUAAAUCAUGGUUGAGUUGGGUAAGUUCUGACACAAGGAGGGUGAUGUCUCCAUUAGAAUUUUGGAAGACUGGGAAUGAAGUUAUGGAAUCUGAGCAUGAAGUUUCCGUCAGUGGAGAACGAUUGAAGCCAUCUUCUGAGGAUGUGACUGUUAAAGUCAGUAAAGAUGCGCGUAGUAGGUUCUUCUUUUCUCCCAAAGAAUCUCUAAGAGCGGGAAUAAUGCAUAUUGCAAAAAAGUGGCAUGGGCGUUUAUCUUUCAUUCUCAGAUUAGUGAGGCAAAUACUUGGAGGUUUAUGGGACAUUUCUGGUAUAAAUUUCAAUUUUGACAUUCCCAAGUGGCUACAGAUAUUACAUUUAGACAGUCUCAAUCUCUAUGCAGUGCAGUGGCUUGAAAACAGAAGCAAGGCAUUUGAACCUGCUUAUUUAUAUACAAUGGAAAAGGGCUACUUCUUGUUGCCUGAGGAAGCUAGAUCAAGGCAUGGAAUUCGUACCAUCAACAUCAGCAUUUCAGCUCGUCACAGCUGCUUUGGAAAUAGGUGGCAGCAGCUGCUGAUAAACAGGCUUGUAGGAUAUGACACUAUUUUGAUGAACAGUUUGUUGAGUUUUCCUGGCCAGGGUUACCUUUAUAACUAUCAAACAAAGGAGCUCUAUAAUCUUACGUAUGUUCAUGAGCAACCUGAAAGCUCUGCAAAAUUUGGAGAUUAUCUUGUGACCAAGUGUGGGGUUUUAAUGAUGUCACUCUUUGUUUUCUUCACAACCACAAUGUCAGUUUCAUUUACAUUGAGAGAGACACAGACUCGGAUGCUGAGGUUUACAGUUCAGCUUCAGCAUCAUGCUCGGCAUAGGCUUCCCACAUUUCAAUUGAUUUUUGUGCACGUAAUUGAAUCACUUGUUUUUGUACCGAUAAUGAUUGGGAUCCUGUUUUUCCUCUUUGAGUUUUAUGAUGAUCAGCUAUUAGCCUUUAUGGUUCUAAUUCUUGUCUGGAUCUGUGAACUAUUCACACUCAUCAGUGUCCGCACACCGAUAUCAAUGAAGUUCUUUCCUCGCUUCUUUCUACUGUACUUUCUAGUGUUCCACAUAUACUUCUUCUCCUAUACAUACGGCUUUUCAUAUCUAGCACUCUCAACCUCGGCAGCAUUUAUGCAACACCUUAUUCUAUAUUUCUGGAACAGAUUUGAGGUUCCUGCAUUGCAAAGGUUCAUGCAAAAUCGACGAUCGCAUUUUCAGCAGCAUCCAGAUUUUCAUAUUACAUCAUCUACCAUACUUGCCUCAACGCUACGCAUCACAAGAUUAAACACAAGGAAUUCUGGGGCUGGUUCUGCUGUUAAUCCGGAUUUAGCAUCUGGACCAGUACUUCGACCUGGGGUUGAUACCCGAAUGCCAAGGAAUGUUACGGCUGGAUUCCCAGGUACUGAGGAACAACCUUCCCCCAGGCAUGAGAAUCCUCUUGAUAUUGGGGGACAACCUAUCCUUCGUCAGCCAGAAGCUGGAGGAGGCAGCCCAGGAGCUAUGAGUUCAUUUAGUUCACUGUUGUUGUGGAUUCUUGGUGGCGCUUCCUCCGAGGGCCUCAGCUCAUUCCUAUCAAUAUUUAGAGAUCUGAGAGAUCAAGGUCAAGUUUAUACAGAACCUUCGCAGCCGCAGCAGCAGGAGGAAAAUCAAAUGGUACAAAAUGAUGAAUAAUAAAUUGCUUGAGAACCAACACCUUGAAAAGGCUGUAUUUUGUUGUGUUAUAUGUAAAGAAACACAUGGAGGUGGGAGGUCCGGGGGGUGGGGGGUGGGGGGGGGGGAGGGAAUAUGGUAAUUAUAGUCCAAUGGAGACAGAGAGAAUGGCAAGAAAAGUU